GUCUUAGUCCUAGUGAACAGCCAUGGCUGAUGUCCACGUCCGAAUAUGUGAGCAGGAGAUUAUUAAGUAUGAUCUGGAAAUUAAAGCACUGAUACAGAUGGCAACAAUUAUUUUAACCCUAACUGAUGCAGAUAUCAGUGAAUGUACUGGGCCACACACUAAACUAACAGAGUUAAAUGGCACAGUGAAGGAGAAAUUUGUCCGCCUUCGCCAGCGGAUCCAGGAUCUGGAGCAAAUGGGGAAGGAGCAGGAUAAAGAAUCGGAUAAGCUGGCUUUACUCAGACAGGUGGAGGGCCACCGGAAACAGAUGCUCAGUAACCAGACGGCCUGGAGGAAAGCCAAUCUGGCCAGUAAUCUGAUGAUUGAUAGACUGGAGAAGGAAGAUUUGCUGAGUGUGGGUGACACUACCGUGAGACAAAGAAAGGUGACGAAGGAGAGCUUGGUUCAGACCUCGAGUGACAUCACUGAGAGUCUGAUGAGUAUCAGCAGAAUGAUGUCACAGCAGGUGAAGCAGAGCGAGGAGACCAUUAGUACUCUGGCCACAUCAUCAAGAACGGUUCAAGAAACCAACGAAGAGUUUAAGGCUAUGACAGGGACCAUUCAACUGGGACGAAAACUCAUCACAAAAUACAAUAGACGUGAACUAACAGAUAAACUGCUCAUCUUCCUGGCCUUGGCACUCUUUCUGGCCACAGUCCUGUAUAUUCUGAAGAAAAGACUCUUCCCUUUCCUUUGAUCCUGGGCUUUUGGUGUAAUCCAACAAUUAUCUGGAAUCAGUUUCCAUGUGACAGUUUUUCGAUUGCAGAGUUAAGUUAAUGUUGGAAUAAAUUGUUCUGUCAGUGGUGAUUUGCAAUACUAUCACAAUAAAUUAUAUAUUUAUUCCAACACUUGCCUUAAUCUAUAUCAGGGAAAGCAUCAGUGUGGUUUUCAGGAACAAAAUGCACUUUUAUAAAGUGUGAAGUCUGAAGUAAAUGAUGACCGACUUUUGCUGGUAAUGCUAAUGUAAUGUACCUGAUGUCUGCUAUCAUUGUUGUGUAAUUUUAUUUUUAUUUUCUUUCCUGAAGUAAUGACUAAUAAUUGACACCUGUCUUUGUCAUUCUGUUUUCGUGCUGUAUAAUAUUAUUGCACAUUCAAUACAAAGUCUUACUAAGUGUCAGCCAGUGCUGAAUGUUUAUUUUACAUUAAAAACGCACUCAAGAGUUUGAGAAGUCCUAAAUGUAUUUCAGUGCAUGUAUCACUGGAGAAUGUUGUUUUAAUAUGAGAAUUUGAUUUGAAUUCUCUUUCAACUUCACCCUCAAAUUCACCUUUGAUAUGUAUUCAAGAGUUUAUUAAAAAUUGACAUCAAAUAUACAGUAUAUAUACACACACCAUGCAUUAUAUAUAUGUAUAAAAUGUGAGCGAGAGAGAGAAUAUUACACGGUGGUACAAAGACAUGAAGUUUAUCUUCGAGUGGUGAAUGUAUACAUCACGAGUGAGCAUAGCAAAUUAGUGAAAAUAUAUUUAAUGCUCGAAGACAAACUUCAUAUCUUUGCACCACCGUGUAACGUUAUUUAUAUUAUAUGGACACAUCCACAACAAAAUACGCAAGUUAAUCAAAGGAAUUUAAAUUUUGAACCAGUUUGGCAUUUUGGCAUUUUCAAUCAGAUCCAUGAUGUAUUUCGUAUGAAAAAUGCAGGUUUUUCAACACGAGAAGAUAAACUUCAUAUUUUCAAGCCAACAUGUGAUU